AUGUCGCUUCGUCACAUCAGUCAAUCGCUCCUCCGCAGCAGCGGCAGCAGUGGCAGCAGCGGCAGCACCAUGCUGCGCACCGCCACCUCUGCCGUCGCCGCACCGACAACGGCGCACCGACACUGCUCGACGCUCAUCAACAAGGCCACCAACCUCUCCAAGCCCGCCGCCGCAUCACCAGCAAGGUCGACCGCGACCACGGCGACUGCCGCGCUGGCGUCGCAGCAGGAACAGGUGCGCGGCAUGAAGGUGCGCUCGUCGGUCAAGAAGUUCUGCGAUGGCUGCUCCGUCGUCCGCAGAAAGGGCAGGCUGUAUGUCAUCUGCAGCCGCGACCCCAAGCACAAGCAGAGGCAGGGAUAG